AUGGGAAUGUGGAUUUCUUUCCUGGGGAUUCUGAUGCACUGCUUGUUCCUGGAGGUCCUGACACAACUGCCUGCUCAGCCCCAAAACUGCUCUGACCAAAGCCAGAAGAUCAGCUUUAGUCACUCAUACAAGAUUAAUGUGCCUGAGUCCGUUCAGUUCAAAGUGGAACCAAAUCCAGGGCCUCUCCAAGACAACAACUACAUGUUGUUCUCUAAUGGUGAAGGGGAUGAGGGCGAGGAGCAAAACAUUAUAUUCAGGCAUAACAUUCGGCUGCAAACUCCCAAAGGAGACUGUGAAGUCCUUGGACAGCUCAAAGCUUUGCUGGAAAGACUAGAAAAGUUAGAGCUAGAAGUGGUACAUCUGAAAGGGAUCUGUAACCCUGAAAGAUGUUGUGGAAGAGGGCAAGGAGUGUCAUCCUGCAGCGGCCAUGGCACUUUCAUCCAAGAGAUCUGUGGCUGCCACUGCGAGGAAGGCUGGGAAGGCCAGGACUGUUCCCAACCCACGUGCCCAGGAAACUGCAGCAGUAACGGGCGCUGCGUGGAUGGCCAGUGUGUUUGCAAUGCCCGUUACACUGGUGAUGACUGCAGUCAGCUCCUGUGUCCUGAACACUGCAGUGGAAAUGGGAUCUGUGUCAAUGGGGUAUGUCAGUGUUACCAGGACUUCACUGCAGAUGACUGCAGUGAGAAGAGAUGCCCUAAAGACUGCAGUGGCAAUGGAUACUGUGACAGUGGCGAGUGCUACUGUGAAGAUGGUUUCACAGAGCUAGACUGCUCUAAAGUGCUUGCUCCAUGGAAUGUCCGUCUCCUUAAAACCACAGAAAAUUCCCUAGCCAUUGGAUGGGAUAAGAUGACAGAUGUGGACUAUUACCUCCUCAGCUACUUUCCUGUUGGGGAAGAGCCCUCGGUGAAGCAAGUACAGGUGACUAAAGAUCAGACAAGUUACAAGAUUCUGGGUCUGCUUCCUGGCACAGAAUAUAUAAUUACACUUCGCAAUGUAAAGAAGGACAUUUUCAGCGAACCGGAACUCCUGCAAGGUAGCACAGAUGUGUCUGCCAUUGGGCCUAUCUGGGUGACAGAGGAGACUGAGAACUCAUUGGAAGUGGAGUGGGAAAAUCCGGCAGCAGAAGUGGAUUACUACAAACUGAGGUUCAGCUCUCUGCCUGGGGAGGAGAAGGAAGUGGUGGUUCCCAAAAGCAAUGAUGCCAAGAGCAGAUAUAUCAUCACAGGUUUGAAGCCAGGAAUGAAGUAUAAGAUCACUGUCAUAUCUGUGAGAAAUGAGGCUGAAGGGAAGCCGUCCUCUGUACAUGGCUGGACAGAAAUCGAUGGCCCAACUCAUUUAGUAACUGACCGAGUAACAGAAAACACAGCUACCAUUUCUUGGAAUGGGGCCCAGGCUCCCAUUGAUGGCUAUGUGGUGAGCUACACCUCAGCUGGUGGUGACACCAAACAGAUAUCCGUUGACAAGGACAAGAGAACCACUACUCUUAUGGAUCUGAAGCCUGGCAUGGACUACACUAUCCACAUCUGGGCUGUGAAGGGAACUCAGCAGAGCAGAAGGGCAAGCACAGGAGCUGAAACAGAAAUCGAUGGCCCAACUCAUUUAGUAACUGACCGAGUAACAGAAAACACAGCUACCAUUUCUUGGAAUGGGGCCCAGGCUCCCAUUGAUGGCUAUGUGGUGAGCUACACCUCAGCUGGUGGUGACACCAAACAGAUAUCCGUUGACAAGGACAAGAGAACCACUACUCUUAUGGAUCUGAAGCCUGGCAUGGACUACACUAUCCACAUCUGGGCUGUGAAGGGAACUCAGCAGAGCAGAAGGGCAAGCACAGGAGCUGAAACAGAAAUAGAUGGCCCCACCAACCUGAAAACAGACCAAGUGACAGAAAACACAGCCACUAUCUCUUGGAACAAGGCCUGGGCACCCAUAGAACGGAACAUCCUCAGCUAUAUAUCUGCUGAUGGAGAAACCAGAGAGACAGCCCUUGGGAAGGACAACAUCAAGACCACCUUGACAAACCUGAAGCCAGGCAUGGAAUAUGUUCUCCACAUCUGGGCAGUGAAGGGAAGCCAGCAGAGCAAGAGGGCAAGCACAAAAACAGUGACAGAUAUCGAUCCACCAAAGAAUAUCCGUGUAUCAGAUGUGACACAGUCCAGUGGAGUAGUCAGCUGGAUGCCCCCAGAUGCACAAAUCAGUGGCUAUCUUCUCACCUAUCAAGAUCCAGCUGGCAUCAGUAAGGAAGUGCGACUAGGAGCAAACAAUCAAAAGUUUGUUCUAGAAGGCUUGAGUCGUGGCACUAAGUACGCCAUAUAUAUUACAGCAUUUAAUGGAGACCGCUGGAGUCAAAAAGCAACCACCACGUUUUCUACAAUCAGUAUGCGUUAUCCCUACCCUGCGGACUGCAGCCAAACUCAGCAAAAUGGUCAUUCUAUCAGUGGCCUAUAUACCAUCUACCUGAACGGUGACAGCAACAGACCCUUUGAAGUGUAUUGUGACAUGACCACUGAUGGAGGAGGAUGGAUAAUGUUUCAGCGGAGGUCCACAGGGCAGCUGGAUUUCUCUAAAAGAUGGAAGAAUUAUGUUGAAGGCUUUGGAAGUCCUUCUGGAGAAUUUUGGCUUGGCCUAGAAAAACUGCAUGACCUCACCAGGUCUGCCCACCUUCCCUAUGAACUGAGGGUGGAUUUACGGACGCACAAUGAGUCAGCCUAUGCCACCUAUGACCACUUCCAGGUGGGCUCCAGCAGAGACCGAUACAAGCUCUCUUUGGGGAACUACAGAGGCACUGCUGGGGAUGCCAUGACUUACCAUAACGGUAGGAAAUUUACAACCUUAGACAAGGACAAUGACAUAGCUAUCACCAACUGCGCUGUAACACACCAUGGUGGCUGGUGGUAUAAGAAUUGCCACCUGGCUAAUCUCAAUGGGAAGUAUGGCGAACACCUGCACAGCGAGGGAGUUAACUGGGAGCCAUGGAAAGGCCAUUUGUAUUCCAUCCCUUACACCGAGAUGAAGAUCCGUCCACAUUCACAUAGUUUUGAGUCAGUCUUGAGCAGAAAACGGAGAUCUCUGACUGUGAAAAGGAAGGAGACUAGAGUUUAAAGGUGUUCUGGAACUGCUGUGCUUGCCAACCACACACAGCAAUGCAUGAUCAUGUAAUGGUGUAUCAGGCCUUUGGUGCACAUUUUAAUAUAAAUAUAAUCAC